AUGAAUACAUUUACAAGAUCAUUAUACAACCAAUGUUUAAAGAGAAAUAUUCAAUUGAUCAAUAAUCAAUCGUCAUCGAUGACGACCGUUGGUGUUGUUAGAUCAUACUCUUCAUCAAACUUUGAGAAAAUACCACCAAUUACAACAUUUACAGAAGAAGAAGUAAUGUUACGUGAUACAGUACAAAAGUUUGCAAAUGAAAGAAUCAAACCUUUGUCUAAAAAGAUGGAUGAGACUGCAAAGUUGGAUCAAGGAUUAUUAAAAGAUUUGUUUGCACAGGGUUUGAUGGGUAUCGAGAUUGGUGAGCAGUAUGGUGGCACUGCACUCAACUUUAUGAGCUCGAUCAUUGUCAUUGAAGAGUUGGCCAAGAUCGACCCGGGUGUGUCGGUCAUUGUCGACGUGCAAAACACAUUGGUCAACAACUGCAUCAACCGUUAUGGCACUGAAAAGCAAAAGGAGACCUAUUUGACCAAGCUGGCUGCCGACAGUGUUGGCAGUUUCUGUCUGUCAGAGGCCGGUAGUGGCAGCGAUGCAUUUGCACUCAAGACACGUGCCGAAGCCAAGGGAGACUACUUUGUGCUCAAUGGUACCAAGAUGUGGAUCACCAACGCACAAGAAGCCGGUGUAUUCAUCGUUAUGGCCAAUGUCGACCCGUCGGUUGGCUACAAGGGCAUCACUGCCUUUUUAGUGGAUCGCGACACUCCAGGUGUAUCAAUUGGCAAAAAGGAAGACAAGCUCGGUAUUCGUAGCAGCUCAACCUGCGAGGUUGUCCUGCAAGACGUAAAGGUGCCCAAGGAAAACAUUCUUGGUCAUUUGGGUAAAGGCUACAAGCUUGCCAUUGAAGGACUCAACGAAGGUCGUAUUGGUAUUGCCGCACAGAUGAUUGGCUUGGCACAAGGUGCGUUUGACAGCACCAUGCCAUACAUCAUGCAACGUACACAGUUUGGUAAGCCAUUGGCCGACUUCCAGGGCAUGCAGUUCACCUAUGCCGACUUGGCCGUCGAUAUUGAGGCAGGCAAGCUGCUAACAUACAAUGCUGCACGCAUGCAAGAGGCUGGACUUCCAUUUGUCCACCAGGCCAGUAUGGCCAAACUUCAUUGUUCGCGUGUUGCCGAAAAGGUGGCCAGCGCCUGUAUCUCAAUGAUGGGUGGUGUUGGUUUCACCAAAGAGUUUGAUGCUGAACGUUACUUUAGAGAUUGUAAAGUAGGUCAAAUCUACGAAGGUACAACAAAUAUUCAACUUCAAACCAUUGCCAGAGCAAUUCAAUCAAAAUAUAAAUAA